AUGAAUGAAGAGAAGGAUGAAAAUUUAAAACCUUUUUCAAGGUCUAAAUAUCCUCAAUCGUUGAUGAUAGAUAUGUCCAGAUCUUAUAUGACAAAACAAGAUAGAAUAAAUGCAUUAAAUUUAUAUAUCCAGAAAUCUUCUUAUAAUCCUCAGUUGUUACAAGAUGAUGAAGAAGAGGAUGAUGAGGGUGAGAGCGAAACUAUUGGGGACAUUAUUCUUCGUAUAUUAUCUAUAAUAUUUCCUGAUGUAUCUCCUGGUUUAUGGUUUUUUAUUCAUUUUAUAAUGAAUUUGAUUGUUUUGUGUGUUAGUUUAAGUUCUUUAUCUGAGCCUAACGUACAUGAUCCGAUAUCAGAACCUAAAUAUAAUAGGAAGUUUAUAUAUGGAAGUAUGUAUUGUAGUUUUUUAAUAUUAGGUAUAAAUAUAGCUUCUUUUAGUAUAUUAAUGUCAUUGCAUGCAAUAGUUCAAAAAUUCAUUUUAGAAAAACUAUUACAACCUAGUGCUUUAUGUGCAGCUUUUUAUAAUACGGUUGAUCCUGAAUUAGUUUAUUUAUUUUGGUCAUCAAUACAAAUAAUAUAUUGGAGAACGAAUAUAAUAUUAAAAUCUGAUUCGAAUGAAAAUAAUAAUAAUAAUUAUUAUAUUUUAAGAAUAUUUGGUUAUAAAGAUGAUGAAACACCUUUUAUGUUUUUAAAAAAUAUACAUUGGUUAAUUACAUUCCCAAUAUUAUUAUAUAUAGUCUUUGCAGUAAGAUUAUUAUUUUUAUCUAUUAUAUCUUUUAUUUUUGAAUUAGGUUUUUUAAUGAAUGCUCAUGAUUUACUUGGGAAAUAUUUAAGAAAAUAUGGUGUCCUACGUAAAUUUAAUAUUGAAUGGUUUAUGUUUGUAGCUGACAAACAAGAAAAUAUAAGAACAUUAUUUGGUUAUGAACUUUAUCAGGAUGAACGAAUAAUGAAACAAAUAGAAAGAGAUGAUAUUAGUAAAAAGUUUAUACAAAAUACAGCAGAAUUAUUAUUAUUUAAAAACUUGCCUCGAAAUUGUACAUGUUGUAAAAUAACAAUAAAUAGAAAUAAAAAAAAUACUAUGAAAUUAUUAUUACCACCUGUUUUUGAAGCAAAGAAUAUUAUAAAAUCAGAAAGUUCUUCUCUAAAAAAUUGGCUAGCUUGUCAUUAUGUUGUUAAUACACCACCUUUAUUGUUUUUAUUAAAUAAUAGCAUAGCCUUAACCAAUAAAAAUUCCAUACGAAAUGCAAGUGAUAUAUUUUUUAGACAAAUUAUUAUGUCUUUAAAAAUAUAUUAUCAAGAAAAAAAUGACACCUACGCAUUUACCACAACACCUAUACAUAACAACAACAACAACAAUAAUAAUAACAACAAUAAUAAUAAUAAUAAUAUCUCUAUGGAUGGUUUGUCACCACACAGUAAUAUUCUUAAUAUUAAUACAAAUGAAAAGAAUCAAUUUUUUUUAAAACACAAAAAAACAUUUCCCUCUAAAACAAAUCCAAAUAAAGUAAUUCCACAAGAAAAAUUCAAAAAAAAAAAAAAAAACUUUCAUACAUAUGAUUCUUCUGAUGAUGAUAGGCAGAAAAAAAUUAAUCUAGAAAAUAUUUUUCAUGAUGUAGAUACAUAUGAUACUAAAGAUGAAGGAACAAAGGAUGAAAAUCUAACGGACCAGGAUAAAACAUCUCAUCAUAUGAUAUAUGAACAAAAUAUACAAAAGAUACAAUCUAUAAAGUUAAGUGAAAAUAUUAAUAAAAAUAAAAAAAGAGAUACAUCCAAAAACAAAUCCAAACAAACAAGUAAAACGAAAAAAAAAAAAAAUAUACCAGGUGAACACAUGAACCAUAUGGGAAAGAUGUCCCAAACAAAAAAGGAAAAUGAUAAAAAUGUGGAAGAACAAAAUGAGCAAAAAAAAAAAAAAAAAGAUAAAAUGGAUAAUCUGAAAGUAAAAAAUCAAAUGAUUCAUAUAGAAAAAGAAAAUUAUAACGUAAAUAAUGUAAAAAUAAUUAAUAACGAUAUAACAAAUGAAAUAAGUGACACUACUAUGAAUAUUAUAAAACAGGAUCAAAUAAAUGAAAAACAAAAUUAUGAUAUUAUAACUAAAACAAAAGAAAAUUUAAUGAAUAAUUCGGAUAAAGGAAAUAUAGAUAUAUUACCAAAUGAAAAAUAUAAUGUGGAUAAACAUAUACAUAAUAUAAAUGUAGAUAAAGAUAUAAAAGAUGGGUGUCAUUUUUAUGAUAUGACAAAUUCAAAUAUGAAUGAUACGAAGUUUAAUAUACUAAUAACACCUUCUUUCUCAACUAUUCAAAAUAAGAAAGAUAUUAAUGAUACAUGUGAAAAGGAUUAUACAUCUAACAAAAUGAACAAAAUAAAAAAUAAUGAUGAUAAUAAUGAUAAUAAUAAUGAUAAUAAUAAUGAUGAUGAUAAUAAUAAUAUUAUUAUUUGUGAAGACGAAAUAAACCAUGAAUUAAAAUACAAUAUUAAGGGUGGUGAUAAAGAGGAAUAUUCUAACCAACUAGAAAAUUAUAAUAGCAUUGCAGUUCAAAUAAACGAUUUUAAUAUUGAUGAUGUUUUGAAAAAAAAAUAUACAAAUGAAUCUAUUCAUAAAAUGGAAAAAAAUAGUUUUGAAGAUAAUGAUAUAAUGAUACCAAAAAAUAAUGAGAUAUUACAAAAUGGUAACAACGAAAUAUGGCACAAUAAUAAUAAUAUUAAAAAAGAAGAUGCAUAUGAUGAUUAUUUAGAAGAUAAAGAUAAUAAGAAAGAUAAUUUCCAUUUCAAUGAGAUUCCUUUAUUGGGUGGUUUUCUUUUUAAAAGAAAUGAAGAAUCUGUUGAUGGUAAUAUUUCAAAUAUGAAUAAGAAUUCAUGCAAUGAAGAGGAUAUGAAUAAUAAUGAAAAUAUAGAAUAUCAUAUUCCGUUUUAUAAGAAAAAGAAAGAAAAAAGUGGUAGGAAAUUAAAAUCGAGUGGGAAAGAAAAGCAUACAUACGAAAUUAAUAAAGGUAAUAAGAAUAUAAAGAAUAGAUGGUCAUUAAAUAAGAAUACAUAUUAUUAUCAUUCACAUUUACUUAAUGAAGAAAUGAAUAUAUUAGAAAGAAGUGAUGCUAUAAAUGUUAAAAGAUAUCGAGAAGAACAUAAUAAGGAUAGGUAUAAAGUAUGUAAAAAGAUGUUUAGAUGUUUAUUUUGUAAAAGAUAUAAAAAAGAAGAAAGAUUAGAUAAGAUACGUAAGGAUAUAUCUUCAGAUUUAGAAGAUCCAUUUGUUAUGAAUGUAAAGAGUCCUAUACAAUUAACGUUGAGUGGAAAUGAAUAUAUUACAAAAGAUAUGAUAGAAGUUUUUUUAAAACCUGAAGAAACGGAAGAAUUUAUGAAAGAGUUUGAUUUAUCUGGACAUGGAAAAAUUGAUAUAAUUAUGUUUCGUAAUGCUAUAAAAAGGGCAAUAUCAUGUAGAAAAAAAUUUAUUAAAAGUUUAAAAGGUCAAGAAAGUAUAUUAAAAUUAGUAAGAAGAUUAAUGUCAAUAUUAUUAUCAUUUCUAGCUUCUGUUGUAUUAUUAUUUUUGUUUGGAGUAUCAGCAGAUACUAUUAUAGUAACGGGUGCAGCUUUUAUAACAGCAGUAACGGUUAUUUUAAGUUAUAUGUAUACUAAUUUUAUAACAUCUGUUAUAUUUAUAGCAUUUUCAAAUCCAUAUAAUAUAGGUGAUAGGAUAAGAUUAGAUGGUGGAGAAGCUAUGUAUAUUAAGAAAAUAAAAACAUAUACAACAGAAUUUGAGACAACUACUGGAAAAAUUGUAAUAUAUGAAAAUUCAAAAUUAAGUAAUGUGAAAAUAUAUAAUGAAAGUAGAUCUAAAAAUGCUUACAUUGAUAUAUCAUUCAAAGUAGAUAUAAAUACACCUUUAGUUGCCCUUAAAGAAUUAAGAAAAAGUUUACAAUGUUUAGUAGAUAGUAGACCAAGUGAUUUCUGUAAAACUAAAAAUUUAUAUUUUGGAUAUUCUUUACAACCAGGACAUUUUUAUGAAAUAAGUUUUUGGAUCAAAUGUGUUGAAGGAUGGGGUAACUGGAGGAAAGUUUUUGAAUUAAGAACUGAUAUAUAUGAUUUUAUUAUUUUACAAUUACGUAUUUUAAGUAUAUCUUAUAGAUUACCUACUCAAAAAAUUGGAUUCACAGCUCCUCUUAAUAUAGCAGACGGUUAUAAUAAUAAUAAUAAUAAUAAUAAUAAUAAUAAUAAUAAUAUACAAUCGAAUUAUAAUAUCAAUCGUAAUAUAAAUAAUAAUAUGAAUAUUAAUACACAACAACCCAAAAUUAAUUAUCCACCUCAUGGAAAUAAUAAUUUUCCUACACACCAUCUCAGAUAUAAUAGGAAUAAACCUCUACAAUAUACUAGUCCACCAAAAGAAGCAAGAAAUCCACUCUUUCUGGAAACAGCAAAACAUAAAAGAGAAUUUGACAUCUCAUCUAUCCAAUCGAAUAAUGAACAGCAUGAAGCUCCAAAUCAUAUCAUAUAUAAUGAACCUGUUAAUUUCGAAGAUCAACCUUUAAAAAAAAAUAAACUUAGAUCUGUAUAUAAUUCUUACAAAUAUGUAGAAAGUACAAAUCAUAAUAAUAUGGAUACAUCUAUUGAAAAUGGGAAUGGAUAUAUGUAUGAAUCGUAUCUGCAAAAAAAUGAGGAUAAUAAUGAUUAUUUUGUAUAUAAUAAAAAAAAAAAAAAAAAUAAUAAAAAAAAAAAAACCCAUGACUUUAAUACAAAGAAAAAUAUAAAUAUAAAUAAUAAUAAUAAUAAUAAUAACAAAAUGAACAACAAUAAAAAUAAUCUUUUCAUGAAUACAUUUCAAAACAAUGUCCAGUCCAUAAGCUCAAUGAAUAAUUACCAUGAUGUAUAUUAUAACAAUGACAAAUAUUAUAAGACAUUACAUGGACAACAAAAUUUGUACAAUAAUAAUAAUAUAAAAAAUAUUAACAAUCAUGAAAAUAUAGAUAAUCAUAAUUAUAAUAAGAUAAACAAUAUAUUAUAUAACUAUACAAACACGAACUUAAUAACUUCUGAUAAUUCUUAUUCGUAUGAUAAUAAAAAGAUAAUUAAAUGUAACUAUGUACCAGACGUUUCAAAUAGCGAUGACUCUAAUCAUACAGACAAUAUGAAGGGAAAUAAUAUAUAUAGAAAUAACAAUAACUUUAAUAAUAAUAGUAAUAAUAUGAAGGUUAAAAGAGGUGAUCAUUUUAAUCCUAUAUAUCCUUAUAAUGAUGAUAUAUAUACAGCACACAAAAAUAAAGAACCACAAAAUAUAUUUGAAAAUUUAUAUAAAUUAAAAAAAAUAUCUAACACUAACUUGGAUGAAAAAAAUUAUUUUUCAUAUGAUAGUUCUUCUGGAUACGAUAGUUACGAUUGUGUUAAGCAUUUUACAUAUCUCCAUGAUAAAAAGCAAAACAUUUUAUUGAAAAGACGAAAGAUUAAAAUGGCUUAA